CCGAGGCGGCUGCUCCCUGCUGACUGGGGUGUGGGCGGGGAGCGGCGGAGGGGAGGAGGAGGCGCUGCUGCUGCCGCCGCCGCCGCCGCCGUUGCCUCCGCUGCUGGGCGCUGGGCAGCUAGCUCCCCGCUGGGCUUCUGCGGCUGCCAUGGACGAGCAGGCGGGUCCCGGCGUUUUCUUCGGCAACAACCACCCGGGCGCCGGCGGCGGCGGGGCCAAGGGUCUCGGGCCUCUGGCCGAGGCGGCCGGCGACGGGGCGGCCGCGGCGGGGGCGGCCCGAGCCCAGUACAGCCUGCCGGGGAUCCUGCACUUCCUGCAGCACGAGUGGGCCCGCUUCGAGGUGGAGAGAGCCCAGUGGGAGGUGGAGCGGGCGGAGCUGCAGGCCCAGAUUGCAUUUCUUCAGGGGGAAAGGAAAGGUCAAGAAAAUUUGAAGAAGGAUCUUGUGAGGAGGAUCAAAAUGCUGGAGUAUGCUCUCAAACAGGAAAGAGCCAAAUACCACAAGUUGAAAUAUGGGACAGAAUUGAAUCAGGGAGAUAUGAAGCCUCCAAGCUAUGAUUCUGAUGAAGGUAAUGAAACAGAGGUGCAACCACAACAAAAUAGCCAGUUAAUGUGGAAACAAGGUCGUCAACUACUCAGACAGUAUCUACAGGAGGUGGGUUACACAGAUACUAUUCUAGAUGUGAAGUCCAAACGAGUGCGAGCUUUGUUGGGCUUUUCAAGUGAUGUCACGGACAGAGAAGAUGACAAAAACCAGGACUCACUCAUAAAUGGCACAGAAGGUGAAGUUAAAGAUACAGCAAUGAUUGGGAAAUCAGAGUUAACAGAUUCUGCCUCGGUACUGGAUAAUUUCAAAUUCCCUGAAAGUGCAGCUGCAGAUUUCAGUGAUGAAGACGACGAUGAUGACAUUGAUGGACGAGAGAAAAGCGUCAUUGAUACUUCAACAAUUGUUAGGAAAAAAGCAUUGCCUGAGAGCAGUGACGAUCGAGAUACAGAAGAAGCUCUAAAGCAGUUCGACUUCUUAGUUACAUCAGAGGAAGGCGACAGUGAAUCUAGAAGUGCCGGUGACGGAACAGAUUGGGAAAAGGAAGACCAGUGUCUCAUGCCUGAAGCUUGGAAUGUGGACCAGGGAGUAAUUACCAAACUCAAGGAACAAUACAAAAAGGAGAGAAAGGGGAAAAAGGGGGUGAAGAGAAAAACUACCGAAGAUCUGUUUCAGCCUCUCUCCUAUAUAAAACAGUCAAAACAGGGAUGUGGGAGAAGGAAGAAUCAAGUUUCAGGGCCCAAUAGGUCAAAACUACAAGAUAUGCUUGCUAAUUUGAGAGAUGUUGAUGAGCUUCCUUCAUUGCAGCCAUCUGUGGGUUCACCUUCCAGACCCAGCAGCUCCAGGCUUCCUGAACAUGAAAUAAAUAGAGCAGAUGAAGUGGAAGCACUGACGUUUCCUCCUUCCUCUGGGAAGUCAUUCAUCAUGGGAGCAGACGAAGCCCUUGAGAACGAGCUGGGGCUUGGAGAAUUGGCAGGCCUUACUGUGGCCAACGAAGCAGAUUCGCUGACGUAUGACAUAGCAAAUAAUAAAGAUGCACUGAGGAAGACAUGGAACCCUAAAUUCACGUUAAGAAGUCACUUUGAUGGCAUUCGAGCCCUUGCUUUCCACCCUACUGAGCCCGUUUUGAUGACAGCAUCAGAAGAUCACACGUUGAAAAUGUGGAAUUUACAGAAAACAGCGCCAGCCAAAAAGAGCACAUCUCUUGAUGUGGAGCCAAUCUACACAUUCAGGGCUCAUAAAGGUCCAGUGCUCUGUGUGGUGAUGAGCAGCAACGGUGAGCAGUGUUACAGUGGUGGCACGGAUGGGCUGAUCCAGGGCUGGAACACGACCAACCCCAACAUCGACCCCUAUGACUCCUAUGACCCUUCUGUCUUAAGGGGCCCUCUGCUCGGCCACACGGACGCAGUCUGGGGUCUGGCUUACAGUGCAGCGCACCAGCGUUUGCUGUCCUGCUCAGCAGAUGGCACUCUUCGUCUAUGGAACACAACUGAGGUUGCUCCGGCCUUAAGUGUGUUUAAUGAUAAUCAAGAAUAUGGAAUCCCUGCCUCUGUGGAUCUAGUAAGCAGUGACCCGAGCCUUAUGGUAGCAUCAUUCAGCAAAGGAUAUACAAGCAUCUUUAACAUGGAAACACAACAACGCAUUCUCACUUUAGAAUCCAAUCUAGAUACGACAGCCAACUCUUCCUGCCAAAUAAAUAGAGUCAUUAGUCACCCCACUCUUCCCAUCAGCAUCACUGCUCAUGAGGACAGGCACAUCAAAUUCUAUGAUAACAAUACAGGCAAACUGAUCCACUCAAUGGUAGCCCACCUAGAAGCCGUUACAAGUUUAGCAGUUGAUCCUAAUGGCCUGUACUUGAUGUCUGGCAGUCAUGACUGUUCAAUACGUUUAUGGAACCUAGAAAGUAAGACAUGUAUCCAGGAGUUCACAGCUCAUCGGAAAAAGUUUGAAGAAUCUAUUCAUGAUGUAGCUUUCCACCCAUCCAAAUGCUAUAUAGCCAGUGCCGGGGCUGAUGCACUGGCUAAAGUCUUUGUAUGACAGAAUGCAUCUUCUUCAUCUUCUAUCUCUUUAUAAAUAACCAACUGCACAAAAGAGAUACAGAAGACCAGGGAAAGAAUCAACCCAUUCUGUCCUUUUGUUCUGCUGAAGGAGCACAGAGAACAUUUGUAAAGUAUAGUUUUGCAAUUCGUAUAUACUGUUUUCUAAAACUAAGGUUUGUUCAGGUUGCUGCAAGCUCAGCUGAAUCUGGAGCCUGAAAACUGUUUGUUUCAGAUUUCCCCAAAAUAGGAACUUUUAUUUCUGGAGUAGUUCUAAUUCGCUAGGCAGGCCUGAGCGAACAUAGGUUUAGCUUGUCCCCUGUUGAGUAAAUAGGGCACAUUAUAAGGGAUAACAAAAAGCUCCAUAGCUGGGAAUGAGUAGAGGAAGAGCAAAAAUUUAGACCUACUUGUCCCCUGAGAAAUCUUAUUAAACACAUUAGCUAGUCAAAACAGUAAUCAAUACCAUACCUGCUGUACUAAUCCCUAUGAGCAUAAUGACCAGGCAGUGUUAAGUGAGUUUUUAAUCUAGCUCUCCUUUUAGCUGUUCACAUACAGCACCUGGCAAAGCAUUUUACCUAUUAGGGGGGAAAAAAUAAAUGCAAUAAUAUGUCAAAUAUAUUAUUAUGCAGAAAUGCUAGACAAAUACUCAGUUUGUAAGCACAUUUCUGUAUUGUAUUACAUUUUUGAAAGUGGAUUUGAUAACAUUCUAAAAUUUAGUUGUCAAAAAUACCAUUGUGAAGAGUAGUUCAUAGAGUCUGCUUUUACUAAAGGAUUUAACUUAAUUCUGCUUAUUUUUAAGGGCAAGCAGGGCAUAUCUUUAUAAUUUCUAUUAAUUUUAAAACUUUAUUCACAUGGUAUUUACAGUAUCAGAGUGAUUAUUUCAUAUAGGUAAAAUCUUAACUUUUCAGUGGUUGGAAAGAUGGUGGUUAUUUGCAAGUACUCAUUUAUCGAAACCCACAUAACCAUGCUUCAGAUGAUCUUUGCUCUUUCUUCUUUGUCUCUCAUAUUCAAAUUAUCUGACACCAAAAAAAUAUUUCAUAAUUAUGUUUUAACAGUCCAAAGGGUAUGGUUAAUCUCAGCUGCUUUUGCAGACAUACUAAAUAAAGCCAAUGUUUUUUUUACCUCAGAAGUUCUCCAUUAGCAUCUCCAAUAAGAACCUCUUGAAAAUCUGCAUGGAAGGGUUCAGUGUAAAAUGUUGGGUAAAUAGUUCUCUCUUUUCCUCUCCCUACCCUUCCUCCAUUGUUUAACUUAAAACACAACAUGUUUAAUGGCAAAUCAAUAUUGUUUCUGUGGAAAACCAUAUAUUAAAGGACCAGAGGCCCCUGAGCUCCUUGCCUUUGACCAACAUGUCGUCAGCUCUUGGGAGUCCCAUGACCCACUCUCUGAACAUGGUACUCAGACCUCAUCCCUGCAACUCUUGCCUCUCCUCACUCACUCUUGAUCAUUCAUAAUGUUAGAGACCAACCUAGAAAUUAGAAAUAAAUUACUAAAGUGCACCUUUUCAGGAAAACGUAUAUAUAGUAGGCUCUCAGACUUUACAAAACCCAUAUCCCUAAACAUCUUAACCUUUUAAUACAAUCCCUACAUUCCUGUCCUCACACAUUCCAUCGUCAUAACAUUUGCGCUUGUACUGAUAUUUCUCCUUGAAGAAGUAUCCUGGUGUUAAUGUGGAUAAUUAACUUUUUUUCUUUAAAAUUACUGCUUGUCUGCUUCUAGAAAUCUGUAAUAUACAGGCAAAUUUUCUUUAAAGUUCAGGGCCUGUGCUAAAUGCUUGGUUGAUAUACAAUGUGCUUUAAUAUUUUGACACAGCUACCUUGUCAUGUCAUCUGAGCUUUUGUUAACAGUGGGCUCAAGGGACUCUUGUAUAAUCAAAUGAAUUGACCUGGACAUGAGCUACCAUAUCAUAGCUGAACUGUAUACCAGGUGAAUGUUUAUAUUCCCAUGCAGAUAUGGAAUUCCACAUUGUGUUUGUGGAAUUCCUCUUUUGGUUCUUCACAAAGUAAAGUAAUGCUGUUGCUAACAUUUGUAGAAAGAUACUGGAAAAUUCUAGCCAGGUGCCCACCCUUCUUUUAUUUAUGAUGGACAACUACAAAGCUAUUGUUCUGCCAGUUAUUGCUUUAAUUACCUUCCAUGGUCUUCAUUACCUUCGCCUGCCACUGAAAUUCUCAAAACCAAGACUUCUCUCUUCACCUGCAUUUUAUACCUCACCGCUGAUUUUUUUCUGAUAGCGAGUGGAAAAUAACCACGAGAUAAUGUAGAUAGUAGUGCAAGUGUUGGAACUGUUGAAAGUUCCUUAGGAAGCCAAUGCUGUGCCACUGGAGAGUGUACAAAGAAACAGAUUCCUCUCGACUAGCGCUGUGUGAUGUCAGCCUAGAAAUGAGCCAAAGUGUCUUCCAGCCAGUUAGAAGUAUAUUCAUGUGUCUGAUUUUCCCCUCAGCCCACCAGAAAGGUGAACAAAAUGAAAAAAAAAAAAUUAAAAGUCAUUGACAUACUCUCAUAGGGCUUAGUUUGUAAAUAUUUUGGAUGAAAUGUAUUGGAAUAGUAUGAAAGGCAUCAGAAGAUGUGGGUUCCUGCCUUAUUUUCCUAUGCUGUAGGUACACCUGUGGGAGCUUGCAGCACCCUUCUCAAAACUCAGCUGUCAUUUGGAGCUCAUUUGCUACUGGAACCAUAGAUAUUUAACAUGAGUGAUAUAAUGACCUUCAGUAUUUUUCUAUUGAACAAGUUUAUCAAUUUUUGUCAUUAAACAGAUAAUUAGUUAUGCAAAGUAUUUAGCUUUUAUAAUCAUUUUAGUUAUGACUAAAGGGGGAGAAAUUGAGCUGCAUCAUUGAUAAUGAACUUUGUGAGAAAUUUUUUGUUUAUUUGACUUUCAUUCCUUCAGUAUUCUUGCUACAGAUUUUUUUUUUGGAGAUGAUUUAUUUGAAAAUGUCUAAAAUGUAUGUAUAUUUUAUAAAUAUAUAUUAUAUAUAUUGUGAGAAUAUAUAUAAUAUAUAUAGAGACUAUAUAUAUACAUAUAUAUAUAUAUAAAACCAUAGGUGCAUUUUACUGUUUUGUAUUUUCAUUUUUGGAGGUAGUGUACACAGCAGGUAAUGAUGAGUAUGAUGAGUGUUGUGCUGUUUGCUUUUGCAGUAUAAUAUAUAUAGUUCUAAAUGUUUAAAUUACUGUAAAUAUUAUAUUCAUUAUAGGCUAGCAUGCUUGUUUUAAAGAUUGUCGUUCUAGUUUAUUAAAAUCUGAAUGUAAGAAAACUUGGCUAUUUAAAUGUGAAUUGAAAAAUAUUUCAUUCUCAGUACUGAACUAUUUCCAUUGAACAUUCAGGAUUUUUAACAAAACAGAUAUCAUCAAGAAGGCAAUAGCUAGAGAAUGAGAGGUGCCUUUAAAAAAAAAUACAAAUGCAGCCUUACAGUAAAGAUGAGGAUUGAGUUUUGGAGGGAGUGGGGAGAGUAAGAGAGAAUGAGUGUGUGUGUGUGUGUGUGUGUGUGUGUGUGUGUGUGUGUAUGUGUGCAUGUGUGUGUGUGUGUGUGUGUGUGUGUGUGUAUGAGCGCACAUGCUCUCAUGUGUGUGAGCCAAUCUGUGAAGUUCCUGAUUUGUGACCAUCAAUGUCUUUUUAAUGUAUCUGCUCAACUUCUAGGACUUCAGGGGACAUUUCAUGUGAAUUCCUAAAAAUUUCAGAAGAGAAGAAAAUAACUAUUUAAUUAUAGUCAAGUUCAGGUAAAAGGAUAAGUUACUGAUUCACCAAAAUUAUGGGAUCUCAUUAAUGUUGGCUAAGUAAAUGUAAUUUUUAAAAGGUCACCUUUUUUAGUACUUCAUGUAUUUCCCCUUACACAAGAGCAUGUCAUGAAAUUCUUAUGUAAUGAAGAGAUUCAACUAGUAAAAAUUAUUUUUAGAUUAAACACCUUGAACUAGUUAAAAUUCCACCUAAGAAUAGUAUUUAAAUGGCAUCUGUCAUAUCUACCUCUUUGUCAUUGCUGCCAUUUUAACUAAAGCAAAUCUUUAUAACAUACGAAAUGAUGUCUGGGUACAACUGAAAAAGCUGUGUUGGUGCUUUUCUCAGGCUUGGUCAUUUAAGUUAUAUUGAACUAAGAUGUCACAAAUCAGAUUGAAAGACUUAGUUUUAAUUUUGGUUUUCUUUUGAAAGAACUUAAAUUUUAUCAUUAAUGUUGAUAGUAAGUCUAGACAGUUGAUCUCUGAUUAGUGUGUAUGUCUGUGUGAUGUUUUCAACCAAGAGCCAAACUGGAGGGAGAGAGAGAGAGAGAGAGAGAGAGAGAGAGAGAGAGAGAGAGAGAGAACUCUGAGUAUAAUUUUCUUCAGCUUCCUUUGUUCUUUGAAAACUAUUUCAAAGCUAUUAAGUACAUGAUCAUUAAUUUUAUUUACUUAGCAGUUGCCUCCGUUACUGUGUUACUCAUUUAAUUAUUUAUAUCAUUGCAGAUCUUUAGUGUUUGACACUGGGAUUCAAGUUGUACAAAAGUAGUUGCUGACAGAAAUGAUAUGUAUAUUUUGUGAAAUAUAUCAAUUCCCAAAGUUGGUUUUAGGGGAAGGUCCCAAAGAACUAACAGCUGUGUUUAAAACCAGAGGACAGGUCAUUAGUAAAUGACUGUAGUAAUGUUUACUUCUAUCACUGAAGGCUUUUUAAUUGGCCAUAUUCAUUAUCCAGCUGAGUCUCCAUGUCAGUGAGAGGGAUAGAAGGUUGACAAAGUAUUUAACAAAUUACAUCAUUUUUUUUAAUGUUUAAAAAUGCAAAUAGUAGACCAAACAUAGAUCCCUAGUCCCCAUUUGCUUACUCUAGCAGUGUUACUGAAGUAGUGCUCGGGGGCCAGCAUUUUCUGGACCUUUGCUAAUCAAGCUUUGACUUGAUUUAAUUUGACCACUUGCUUGUCAUCCCUCUGAUGCAAAUUAGAAAGUUGACUUUAACUUAGAUUAACUGUAAUGUCUGCCUGGGUUUUUAACAGGCUGUGAACCAGUGAGUGCCUUGUUAAUGUAGAAUGUUUUUUUCCUGGUUUUAUGUUAGCUCCUCUCUGAAAAUGUCUCAGAGAAUGGUAUUUUAGUUGACUUGUAGAGAGCUGCUAAAUUUGGUGUUAUCAGCGAUCAGAAAGUCUUCAAUGUAUCAAAUACCUCUCUUCCUACUUUCUUCUCAUUGUUUGGCUGAAGCUUGCCUCUUGUGAAAAACUAAUACAUUCUCCCCCCCUUCCCCCCCUUCCCCCCCACACAUAUACCUUCUCCACACACUUUUUUCCAAACCAGAUUAAGAGUUAUCCCCUACACCUGUCCCGACUAUGAUCUAAUAUCUGUUUUUAGGAGGAACCACUUCUUUAGGAACCACUUCUUUGUAAUCUUGAAAUUUAUUGGUUAUUUUAUGUUUCCUCAACUACCGUUUACUAGAGCUGACCUCGGGGCAUCAUUAGUUCAGAUUCCUAAAUUACUCCUUUUCUCCACACCCUACACCCCUCAACUGGUGAGCCCUGGGACAAAUUGUUUGAUCUUCAGGCAUUUUAAAAAUUAGUUAUAAUAUCAAUUAAUGUAAAUUAAUCCAAAUGCUAAUUUUUGUGGUGCAAGAAGUUUCUUUUGUAAAUUCAGGGUAUAGAUAAACUAAUUGAGAUAUCCUUUUCUGGUGGCUCUAAGUGUAUUAUUGUUUUAAAAUAAAGUGUGCAAAUAUA